AUGGCUCCCUCCGAUCUUACGGAGUCUGAUGCCCGCCGCAAGCGCCCAGGGCGCUUGCCUAGGGUGGAGGAGGCCAUUUCCAACCCCGGCGCCGUGAAGAUCAAUGUCACGGGCGCCUUCAUCGUCGACGACGACGACCGCUCUCGAAGUCCCGUUGAAGCUGACGGGGUCCACUACGAGAACAAAGACAUUCGGCUCCCUCACCAUACCGGAGUUGUGAGCCAUGUCGCCGUCGAUAUCGGCGGAUCGCUUGCGAAGCUCGUGUACUUCACGCGGGAGCUCGACGCGGAAGACAAUGGUGGUCGCUUGAACUUCAUCAACUUCGAAACUCACCGGAUUGACAUCUGCAUCAAUUUCAUUCGCCAGCUCAAGGAGGAGCACGAGCAGCUCAAUAGCAACCCGCGUGACGAGUUGUGCGUUGUGGCAACUGGAGGGGGCGCAUACAAGUUUUACGAUAAGCUUAAGGAGGCGCUGGACGUCAACAUUCUGCGAGAGGAGGAGAUGGAAUGUCUGAUCAUAGGCCUAGACUUUUUCAUCACCGAAAUCCCCAACGAAGUGUUCACCUAUAGCGACACCGACAGUGAACCGAUGCAAUUUGCUGAGGCACGGCCGGACGUUUACCCCUAUCUCUUGGUCAACAUAGGGUCCGGCGUGUCAAUGAUCAAGGUGUCCGGCCCGAGGCAAUUCCAGCGUGUCGGAGGUACACAUCUCGGUGGCGGAACUUUCUGGGGGUUGAUGUCCUUGCUGACAGGCGCUCGCACCUUUGACGACAUGCUGGCCAUGGCGGAUCGCGGAGACAACAGCGGCGUGGACAUGCUGGUGGGCGAUAUUUACGGAAUGGACUAUACAAAGAUUGGGCUCAAGAGCACAGCCAUUGCCAGCACAUUUGGCAAAGUUUUCCGCCUGAAGAACGCUGCCGAGCGAGGUGCCGAGGACGGCGAGGGUCUUUACCACGACGAUGACCCGAAGCAGACCAACGGCGGGGUCAAUUUCCGUCCCGAAGACAUGAGCCGGAGCCUUCUAUAUGCCAUUAGUAACAACAUCGGUCAGAUCGCCUACCUCCAGUCCGAGAAGCACGAAGUCAAGCACAUCUACUUCGGCGGUUCCUUCAUUCGUGGUCACCGCCAGACCAUGAACACCCUCUCUUAUGCCAUCCGCUUCUGGUCUAAAGGCGAGAAGCAAGCAUACUUCUUGCGUCAUGAGGGCUACUUGGGUGCCGUUGGCGCUUUCAUCCGACGACAGCCUCAAAAUUGGGGCCGCAGGAACAGCGUCGAUGACGUGGUGGCACCGCAGGCGGUUCGCAACCUCGUCCAAAAUAAUACCUUCGAUCAACCACAGAAUAACCAGCCCAGCUCAUCAUAG